ACGAAGAGAACCUAUUCACAGUCUAUAUCUAUCACUACAACUAGCAGAGGUUCCACCGCGGCAUAUCGACGAACACAGAGAAGAGUAAGAUAGCUAGAGCAGAUGGCAUCGGCGUGGGGGGCAUUCUGGGGAACUAGAGUGAUGGAAAUAGUGAAGAAGCACGACUCCGGCGGCCUCGUUUGGAAGCGGAUAAAGCUCACCACCACUCGUAAGGCCAACGCCAAGAAGCGCCUCCGCCGUGUUUGGCAGAAUGAAGCCGUCCUGAGAGCAUGUUCUGAAGCUCCUCCCUCAGAGACUACACUUGCAGGUGCUGGAGAUGUCAAUGUGAUGCAACCCAUAAAGGGUACCCAAGGUUAGUAAGAAGAUGACAAUUGAAAAAGUACCAAAUAGCUUUGGCUAGAAUGUGCAUGUUUUUGACAUUAUAUAGCUUUUAUCAAUCACUUUGAGCCGUGGAAACUGAUCUGCACUGAGUCUUGUGUGUGUUUUCACGAUGUUUAGUACGUAGGUUGAUUGUUUGUUUGUAUGGAUUUGAACUGUUUCCAUUUUUUAUAUAAACACGGAGUAUAAUUCUAUACGCCAAAUGAAACAUACCGGAGUAUGUCUCACUUGGAAGAAGGGUCUUGGGAGGUUGGGGUG